AUGAGCGACGAGAUCAAGGCCUCGGCACCGAGCCACCCACCGGGCACGGAUGGUCAUGGCUCGGAUUCCAUCUCCAUUGAUGGGAAGCCGCCUCCCAAGAUCCUCGCCGAGGACCAUUUCGACGUCAAGGUCCUUGACCAGCAGCCUGCUGCCGAGCGUCCCAAGAACAACAAGUUUGCCUUCACGCCAGCCCAGCUACACGAGCUCAUCCUCGCCCGUUCUCUCUCCGCUCUACGAGCCUUUGGCGGCAUCGAGGGCCUCGCCGCCGGUCUCCGCACCGAUCCCAAGGCCGGUCUAGGUGUCGAUGAGUCUGGGCUGGAUGGCACCAUCACCUUCGAUGAGGCCCUUGCCGCCGCUCGCGAGAAGCGCGAACCCGAAAUCACCCCCGUCCUCGUCCCCGACAGCGACUCGGCCUCCUUCCAUCUCGAUCUCGACCUCAAUAACCUCGAUAUCGUCGGCCACCAUGACCAGUCCUUCGCCGACCGCAAGCGCAUCUUCGGUCUCAACCGCCUACCCAAGCGGAAGCCAAAAUCCUUCCUCGCCCUCGCCUGGCUUGCUUUCAACGACAAGCUCAUCUUCCUGCUGACCGUCUCGGCGAGCGUCUCCCUCGCCCUCGGCAUCUACGAAUCCGUCGAAGCUACGGACGACGCUAAUAGGAUACAAUGGGUUGAUGGUCUCACUGUCGUCGUCGCCAUUAUUGUCAUCGUCUUUGCCAGUGCCGCCACCGACUGGCACAAAGAUCGUAAAUUUGCCAAACUCAACGAGCGGAAAGAGCAGCGCGAUGUCAAGGUCACACGCUCGGGAAAGACCCGGAAUGUCCCUGUUCACGAAGUCCUCGUUGGUGACGUGAUGCACGUCGAGACGGGCGAUGUCGUUGCGGUGGACGGCGUCCUCAUUUCUGCUGCUGGUGUCCAAGUGGACGAAUCGUCCGUCUCGGGCGAGUCCGAGCUGGUCCAUAAGAGCAUAGUCGGCGACUGGAACACCCUCGCCACCAGGGCGCACGCGCCCGACCCCUUCAUCGUCAGCGGCACUACGGUGUGCGGCGGCAUCGGCACUUACCUCGUUCUCUCUGUCGGCGAGCAUUCUUCCUUCGGACGGACCCUAAUGUCCAUCCGUGAGGACGUCGAGGAGACGCCCCUGCAACAAAAGCUGGGUCUUCUCGCCAAACAGCUCAUCACCUUCGGCGCCAUUGCCGGCUUCAUCUUUUUCUUCGUAAUGUUCGUCCGCUACCUCACUCGGCUUAGGGAUAUGGAUCCCAACCCGGCUGCGAGGGCAGAAGCUUUCUUCGAGGUGCUUAUCCUUGCCAUCACUGUUGUCAUCGUUACCGUCCCCGAAGGCUUGUCCCUCGCCGUCACCCUAGCUCUCGCCUUCGCCACCAAGAGGAUGUUGCGUGACAACAACCUCGUGCGUCUCAUCCGCUCCUGCGAGAUCAUGGGCAACGCUACGUGCAUCUGUUCCGAUAAAACGGGCACCCUUACCCAGAAUGAAAUGACUGUCGUCGUCGGCAGGCUCGGCACGGUCCCCUUUGGUGACUGUGGCCCUACCAUCAGCUCUGCCGCGUCGGCGUCGGCCGGGAGCGACACGGAAAAUACCGCCAACGACGUGGCGUCCGGCCAGCAAGAGGCGAGCAUCCCCGACUUCGUAGCUUCUCUCGACGAAGAUGUCAAGGACUUGCUAAAGAACAGCAUCGCUCUCAACUCGACCGCCUUCGAGAGCGAUGACCCGGCCAACCCUGGCUUCGUGGGAACCAGCACGGAGACCGCUCUACUCAAGUUCGGCCGCGAGUACCUGAGUAUGGCUCACCUGAACGAGGAAAGAGAAAACGGCAACAUCGAGAAUUUGUCCCCGUUCGACGCCAGCCGGAAGUGGAUGGCCGUCAUGCGCAGAGUCAGUCCCACCGAGUGCCGCAUGUUGGCCAAGGGAGCCGCUGAGGUGAUCGUUUCCAAAUGCACCGAUAUCCUCGCCGACCCCAAGUCGGGCAUGGCGACGCAACCCAUCACCGAAUCCAUCCGCGAGGAGAUCAACGCUUCUAUCAAGGAGUAUGCGACCAAUAUGCUCCGUCCCGUCGUUAUCGCCUACAGAGACUUCGCUCGGACGGAGGCUUUCGAGGAUCCGAAUGACCCCGAGUCGAUCCCAUUCGACAAGCAUUUCGACAAGUUGACUUUCAUCGGCAUUUUUGGUAUUCGCGAUCCCCUGCGGCCCGAGGUGAUCCAGUCGGUCCGGACCUGUCAGGAUGCUGGCGUCUUCGUGCGCAUGGUGACGGGAGACAACUUCCUGACCGCCAAGGCCAUCGCCGCCGAGUGCGGUAUCUAUACGCCCGGCGGCUUGGCCAUGGACGGUCCUAUCUUUAGGAGACUCACGUCCAACCAGCUCGACCUGGUUAUCCCCCGCCUCCAGGUGUUGGCACGGUCGAGCCCGGAGGACAAGCUCUUGCUAGUCAGUCACCUCAAGAGAAUGGGCGAGACUGUCGCUGUCACCGGUGACGGCACAAAUGACGCGCUGGCCCUGAAAGCUGCCGACGUCGGAUUCGCCAUGGGUAUUCAGGGCACCGAGGUGGCGAAAGAGGCAGCUUCGAUCAUCCUUUUGGAUGACAAUUUCGAGUCCAUCGUGAAGUCUCUCCUCUGGGGUAGAACUGUCAACGACGCGACAAAGAAGUUCCUUCAGUUCCAAUUCACCAUCAACAUCUCAGCCGGUACCCUUACUGUCGUCUCUGAGCUCGCAGGCAACGUCAUCUUCAACAUUGUUCAGCUUCUCUGGAUCAACCUCAUCAUGGAUAUCUUCGCCUCUCUCGGUCUGGCUACCGAUUAUCCGUCGCGCGAUUUCUUGAAGCGCAAACCGGAACCCCGCACGGCUCCUAUCGUCACCAUCACCAUGUGGAAGAUGGUCUUGCUCGUCGCCAUAUACCAAUUGGCCGUUAUCUUUACCUUCCAUUACGCGGGCGAGGCGCUGUUUCACCCGCAAAACGACUUUGAGCGCAAGCAGCUCCAGACAAUGGUGUUUAACAUUUACGUCUGGAUGCAGUUCUUCAACCAGCACAAUUGCCGCCGCGUCGAUAACAAGAUCAACAUCUGGUACCAGGGCGUCCUCCGUAACCCCUGGUUCCUCGGCGUCCAGUGUGUUACUCUCGCCGGGCAGAUGGUCAUCAUCUGGCUCGCCGGCGCCGUCUUCGACACCGAGCCGCUGAACGCCGCCCAGUGGGGAUGGUCCAUGCUGUUCGGUGCCCUCGUCAUUCCCCUCGGUGCGCUCAUCCGUCAGAUCCCCGACCGCUUCGUCCUCAUGUUCUUCCGGGCCGUGGCUCGUGCCUUCAGGCCCGUGAAACGCGGCUUCCUCGCCGUCGUUCGCCUCCUCACCAAGCCGCUGCCCGAGAAGUGGCGGCCCAAGAAGCACAAGCAAGGCGACGACGAGAUGGGCGCCACGGAGGCCUGGGUGCUGCAGACGGGAGCCGCGUUGCUGCGGCCCGUCAACUAUCAGUGGGGUCAUUCGGGACCGCCUCAGUCGGGCCAGGUGGGACGGACGCAGAGCAUUACGCAGGCGCAGCGGGAAGCCCUGGCCAAAGCUCUCCAGAGCGAAGAGAACAAGCAAGCCGAGUUCGAUGUCGUUGCAUUGGUCGACCAGGCGCGGAACACACCCAGUAGCCUCGGACUCAACAUCGAGGUUCACCCCGGGACGGCUAAGGAUGACCCCCUCCUGCACACGCCUGGAAACAAGGACAACCCGCCUAGCCAAGACCCGCGUGUCUUGGAUUGGGUGAAGGUCGGGUCUCGUGCGGAGGGAAAGUAG